AUGUUCAAAUUCGCUGUUGUUAUCUUCGCUGUCAUUGCUUGUGCUGCUGCCAAGUCUGGUUUGAUUGGUGCUCCUUUGGCUUAUGCUGCUCCUGCAGCUGUAGUUGCUGCCCCCGCCGGUGUUGUUACUGCCACCAGUAGCCAAUUUGUUGCCCGCAAUCACAAUGGUAUCGCUACUGCUCCCAUUGUAGCUAAUGUUGCUACCCCUGUUGUUGCCAAGACUGUUGCUGCUUAUACCGCUCCUGUUGUAGCCAAAUACGCUGCUGCUUACUCUACUCCCUUGGCUUAUACUUCUCCAUUGGCUUACUCUUCUCCUUUGGCUUACUCUAGCCCCGUAGUUGCCAAAUAUGCUGCUGCUUACUCUCAUCCUUUGGCCUACUCAGCUCCUUUGACUUAUGCUGCUGCUCCAGCUCCAGUUUUCUUUUAAAACUGUGAUUGUUACGAUUUUGUUAUGAAUGCGAUUUGUUUUUAUUAGUUCGAAAUAAAUGAUAAUAUAUUUAUUAAAAA